AUGGGUCCUGUAGAAGGAAAGUGCAAAUAUGAAGAAGAUAUACCCUCUGGCGUCAACAAGCGCUCAGUAGAGUUUGGGAGACAGAUACAAAGAUUCCUGCAGCCUACAAAGGGUUUGGAAGUGGAAAAACCGGUGGCAAUGCCAGGCUUUUUAGAGGCUCUUGUGAAUACAGUUCCAUUGUCCAUGAGGACGCUAGUGGUUUCCAAUGGCUGCCACAAUUUUGACCGGCUUUCCUCUGUUGUGUGUGUGUCUCCUGCUGACAUCUGGCUUUGCGAGGCAGGCAAGCUGCUGGUAGUACCCAUGGAUGGGAGCCACUGGUUUACCAUGCGUUUGGUUGUGGAGCAACUCAUCCAAAGAGGGCAUGAGUUGGUUUUAAUCAUACCAGAGGUGAGUUGGCAACUGGGAAAAUCCUCCAAUUUUACGGUGAAGACUUAUUCCACUGCUUACAAUCUGGAGGAGUUGAAUCAGAUGUUCAAGACUUUCUCUGACUCUCACUGGAAUAUUCGGCAACAAAGUUUACUUACUAUGUUCUUCGAUUCAUCCAGUGACAUUUUUGAACACCUUUUUUUACAUUGUAAGAAUUUGUUUAGGGACACAACAUUAAUAGAAUACAUAAAGGAGAGUUCUUUUGAUGCAGUGUUUCUCGAUCCUUUUGAUAUGUGUGGCUUAAUUGUAGCCAAUUAUUUUUCACUUCCAUCUGUGGUCUUCACCAGGGGAUUAUUUUGCCAUUUUCUUGAAGAAAGCACACAGUGCCCCAGUCCUCCUUCUUAUGUUCCUAGAAUUUUUUUAGGGUUUCCAGAUGCCAUGAGUUUCAGAGAGAGAGUGUGGAAUCACAUCUCCCACUUAGAGGAACAUUUAUUUUGCCACUAUUUUUUUAAAACUCCUUUAGAAGUUGCAUCUGAGAUUCUCCAAACAGCUGUCACGCCUUAUGAUCUCUAUAGCCAUACGUCAAUUUGGUUGUUAAGAGCUGACUUUGUUUUUGACUAUCCCAAACCUGUGAUGCCCAACAUGGUCUUCAUUGGAGGCAUCAACUGCCAGGAGGGAAAGCCAUUGCCAAAGGCUGAAUGUCCUUAG